UACAGAUUCUACACUCGUAAGAAAAUUCACCUCAUUGGUAGCAAAAUCAAUGUGAAAAUGUUAGUGUGUUAAAGUGUAAGGUUAAUCAUUACUGUAUGGACACACUAAGAUAGGGAAAAUUAAAGAUGAUAUUCUUGUAGAGGACUAAAAGUUGUCAUUUGUACAAGAAAUACUCUGUAGACUCAAAUGGUAACACCAUGAAUUAAGGAAAAAGAUUAUGGAAAGUACGGUCCACAGCCAAAGUCCACCUGGAGCUCCCAAGUUUUAUCUCGUAUCUUGCCAUGAUAUUGAGGCGAAAACAAUGAGCCCCCAUCAACCCUCCCCUUGUGCAGUUCCCAAUUGAAUAAAUUUUGUGACGUGGAGUUGGGAACUUAGUCUCUGGGUAUAUUGGCAAACCUCAAUACGAGAGUAUUAAAAGAGCCUCGAGGGUUCAUGAAGAUCUUGCAGUUCGUAUUUGGUAUAAGUGCUUUUGCAACAACCACUAGUUUUAGCACAAAAUUCUCCUUUGUGAUGAAUUGUCCAAACAAAACCCUGCCAGUAUCUGGAAUUGUAGACUAUCCGUUUGCAGUUGAUUCAAUGAACCAGAUGAUCCCGAGAUGUGAUGGGACCAUGCAGAAAUUGUAUGUAAGUGGAGACUUUUCAUCUGAUGCAGAAUUCUACGUGGCAGUUGGAGUGCUGGCCUUCCUCUACAUCAUUGGGGCUGUGGCUCUCUAUUGUUAUUUCAGCCACAUGUAUGAAAACAAUCCUCUUGUGCCACUGGUGGAUUGUGCUUCCCAUGUUUUGUUUGCCAUCUUGUGGCUGGCAGGAAGCAGUGCUUGGGCCAACAGUCUUACCAACCUAGGAAUGGCUACAAGUGUCAAUAACAUCAUAGGAGAAAAUCCAGACCUCUGUAAACCCAAGAUGUGCAUUGGUGACAGGGAACCCAAUUAUGCAAAGCUAGUCAUAUCUGUGAUUCUUGGAUUUUUGAAUGUGUUCCUGUGGGCAAGCAACCUGUGGUUCCUGUACAAAGAAACUCACUACUUCAAGGCCAAAACGCAGAACCAGGCAGAUGGUACUAACCCCAUGGGAGCUGCUUGAGGUGUACGGGGACAGGAACAUCCAGAGGGAGUUUGGAUCAAAUUGAAGGAGGUGCAUGAGCAUUGUUGGUUACUCAGAAGUGCCCUCUUAUGGUUUCCUUUUUGCCAAACUCAGAUUUAAGCAUCUGACUUUUUUUUUUUUUUUUGCGUUUGUUUUUUCUUCAUCUUCUUUUUGUUGUAUUGUUUUGUUUUUCUAGUUUAGCUUUUUGACUUUUUUUUUUUAUACAACUGAUUUUUAUAAUAGCAAUUCAUUAGUGAUUGUUUUUUUUCUUUCUUUUUAGGAUAUUUUAUGUACCUGAGUUUAUGUUGAGAUGCAGUUGAUUUUGUGCAAGAUCUGAAAAUGUGAUUUCUGUUCAUAACCUAUAUUCUUCUAAUUUAAUAAGAUGUGUUGAGUUUCUUUUGGAAUACUGACAAUAGAUCCAAAAAUAUUCAAAUAUAUAAGAAAGAAGUAUUUUUUCUACCUUGGCAUAUUGUUAAUUAUGGUUUAUUUUUCUUGAUUAAGAAGCACACAGUCAGAAUCACAUAAAUGAAUCAGACUUAAAACCGACACAGAACCAGUGUAAGUAGUGUGAUAAUGAAUUGCAAACUUAAAAGCAUGAUUAUUUUCUAAGGAGACGGCAUCUGUUCAGGCCGAUCAACUCUUGUUUAAGAUAUGCAAGUCAGUCACAUAUUGACUGCAGCAUCAUUUCAGCUUGAGUGAACAUGAAAAUAAGUAUGCCUUUAAUGUUGCCCUCCCCCCACUUUUUUAUUUUUUUUUUUUUACUUUGUGUCUGUUAACUGCUGUAUAGUGUAAAAUUCUACCUUUCUCUGUGACCUAAUAGUCGACCAAGAUGUACAACAUUACAGAAAUAUAAUAGUUCACAAAAAUUAUAAAUUGUGUGUAUUCAUAAACAGUAUGUACAUAAUCAUGCAACUAAAUGAAUACCUUUUGUGAAGACAAUGUUGUCAUUUGUGGUCUUUCAAGUGUGUUUGUAGCUGAUAGUUAUUGUAAUUGUUAGAACACAUUUGUUAUUGAUGUUCCAGUUCAUAAUUCAAUUAUUUCACUUUGAUAUGAGUAUGAUAAUGUGAAAUAAAUGUAUAAGAAUUCAUUAUAUCUUUGCAAUACUGAUCCAUCCAGGACCUACCUGUUUGCCAUAUCUCUUACACAAUUCAUUAUCUGUGAAAAUUGGUGUGUGCUUGCAUCUAUACAGAUAUAUGCACCCAUAUUUCCACUUCAGCAAAAUAGGAGCCCUCAUAUGCAGACUGGUGCUUGUACAUAACUUUUUUACUAAUCUAAAAUCAUAGUUGUGCCAAAACUGCUACAUCUGCAGUCAGAUGUUUUCCACCUCACCAUCACUAGAGGUGUUCCUAUUAUGUAGCGUAGUCGAACACUUACAUUAUGAUUGCAGUUACUAGCUUUGCUCUUACAUUUUGUAUCCUUGGUUGAUUUUAGUCCUGUUGCAAAAAGUUCUCUCAGGAAAUAGUUCCAGUAAUAAUGUCUUUGGCUAGAGUAAGUAGAUGAUGAUCAUCUUUCAAGUGUAUGUUUGUUCUCAGACAGGAGGAGAGUCUAUGCUGUUUUUUUCUUAAUGAAAUCAUGUUGUAGAAAGAAUGUAAAUGAUAAGGAUACUUAAAGCUUGUUCCCAGCACAUGAGUACAGUUCUCCAGUUGGUAAGUGUGAUGUUAUAUUUUGUUAUCUUUCUGUGAGUUCCAUAACCAAAGAUGCCAGACGUUGGCACUUUUUCUGAUUGCUGACUGAUGCAGUGAUAUCUAGCUUGGAGUGAAAAGAAAUUAAGGAUACAGAGAAUGGCAGACAAGGAGGCACUGGUUGGAAAAGCAGUGGAAGACCAAAGAAGUUAUUAAUCAAACUGCUCUGUAUGAAUUCCUCAUAUUGAAUGCUGAAAUUAGUUUUGUUAAUAAAGAUAUUUUCUGGUAUAAAUGGUUCAGAAAUUAGUUUUCUCAAAGGAUAUUUUUGUACUUGGUCUCAAUUUCUGGUAAUGUUAAAAUACAUCCAGUGAAGGUGAGUGAUGCAAAGACCACAAUAUUUUUCUGUACUCAAUACUACCUGUCAAGAGACAAUGUCUGGUUUGCCUGUGUUUUAUUGCAAGUAUUGAAGAGAAUUCAUGCUUUCUUUUUUAUUUCUUCAAAUUUUAUGGAAGGUUAUGUAAGGGUUUUGCCUCUCUUUAUUACAAAUGAUUAGCCGUAACGGAUGUAAUAUUUUGCUUUAAGUGAUUUGUCAUAUGAGAUUUUUGCACUCUGGGGGAAUGUGUUGGAGCAGUAUCAGAAUUCCUAUAAAGACAUACUGUACUGUGUAGAAAAAUGUUGUAGUAUUAGAAAAAAGAAAAGAAAAGAAAAAGUCAAAGAAAAUUGAUAACAUUGUUGAAUUGGUAACAUAAAAAAUUAAGGUCAUAUUUCAAGACAAAGUUGUAAGAAUAACAACAUUGCAUAGGAUGUAACUACUCUUCAUUUUUGUCUAGUAUUCUUGUAAAUGAUUAAUACUAAUUAUGUAGAGAAGGUUUUGAAGUACUUGUGUACCAUCUGUUUUGUAUUUUAAUUCUAUGCAAGGGGAUAAAAAAGCGCAAAAUUGAAUAUGAAGUUAUUUUGUUAUAUUGAAUUGGUAGCUGCCAAUGAAAUGGCAGGAUGAUGGCUACAUAUAUGACUUGCUUAUGUUCUGCAAAUAGCAAGUACUUUGAAAUAGACUGAAGUGAUUCAGAGCAUUAAAUUGUCCAUUAAAAACUCAUUGAUAAUUCAGUCAUUUAAAUUUGUUUCUGAUCCCUGUACACAUUCUCAGAAGUAUAGAGAGUAGGGGAGUUAUUCACGAAAGGUCUAAGACUUCUUUGCGAUUUUGUCUCUGAUUUGCACUGUUGCCACAUCUCAAAGUUGAUGCUAGUUAUAGAAUUAACAUAUAAAUUGUUAUAGACCUUUUUUGAUAAUCUAUUGUAAUGAUAAGAUAUGGUAAAUAUGGCAAUAAAUCUUACUGAUAUCAUUGUGUACGCACAAAAUUAAAGACAGCCUUAACGUUUGUGAAUAGAAAAUAGCUGUAAAAUAUAAGAAAUGACUAAAUUAACGUUUGACAACCAAUCAAAAGGGUCUUCCAAGUUUCUCCUAUCCUAUUUGAUGGAGAAUUAUCUUGAAAUUUGAGUAAAUUUGCAUUAUAGUUUUAAGACUGUCCUUACAUGCGUGGGACACUUCCACACCUGUCAUAAAACUUUGACCGAUUCAUAGACAAAUUUGAAGAUAAUUCAGGGUUAGAUAUGAUGGGAAAAAAAUUGGAAGACCCUUUUGAUUGAUUAUCAACCAUUACUUUAGUUGUUUCUUAUAUUUUACAGCUAUUUUCUAUUAACAAACAUAAGGACUGUCUUUGAUUUUGUCCUUAUGCAUAAGGAUCGUCUUAAAUUUGUUUUUAUGCAAAUUUUCCUUUGUUGGAGAUUAUUCCACUUUGGAAAUAAUAAAAGCUUUGAGGCCACAUUUCAUCAUUUAUCAAACCUUAAUUGAGCCGUAUGCUAAUUUUUAAUGCUGUAUUUUAUUUAAAAAAAAACACAUAGUGUCACAUGCCUUUUCAGCUGAUGCAAUAACAAUAAAUGCAGGCAUUCCAUAUCUUAUUUAAAUAUACUGUGUGUAAUAUUACCAUUGCCAUAUUUUUCAUAUCUUAUCAUAGUAGAAUAUCAAAAUAGGGUCUAUAAAAAUUUACAUAAUAUUUCUAUUACCAGCAGUAACUUUGAGAUGUGGCAGCAGUGCAAAUCACAAAGAAAAGUAUUAGACCUCUCAUGAAUGCCGCCCCAGGUCUUUUGUGAGUUUCUUACAAUGUAAUGAAGAACAAUAGUCUAUGCAGUCUUUUUGAUGCUCAACAUUUCUCAGAUUUCCUUUCUUUCCAUCAUUCUUUGGAAGUUGUAUUUAUUAAUUUUAUUUUUUAUAUAUUGCACUAUUUGUAAUAUCACUCUCAUUUUUAUUUGUUGCUUCUUAUUAGUGCAGUUAUGGUGAAAUGUCUUACUGUAUAGAAAUUUUUGCAGAUCAUUUUCUGACAAUAAGAUCACCUUGCUCUUGCUGAACUUUAUUUCAGUGUAUCACAUUUCAUUAAAAGUGGUUACACUUAAGCAGGCAACUUGAAUAAUUCAUAGUAUUAUGUCAGUACUAUAUUUAUCAGCCAAUUAUAUAGGUUGAUUUUGAAAACUAAAGCUUAAAUAAGAUGUGACUGUGACCGUAAUUUGUUUCUAUGAACCUGACUUUUUUAUAAUUAUUCAUGGUUUGUUUGCUGACUGCUGGCAAAUAUCACAGUACUGUAAAGAUUUUAUUUAUAAGAAGUGAAGAUGAAUCACAUUUUUCUUUCAUUGUUCUCUGUAUUUUAAAAGGAGGUUAAGAUUAAUAUGAUCAACUUGAUCUCCUUGGUAUAUGCAUCGAUUCCUUCAACGAAAGUCAUCAGUUAAACAGUAUACUCAUUGUAAGCACCAUUUCAGUCUAAAUGUAAACUGGACAAGAGUAUUAACAAAAGGAGUAGCUCAGAAUCAGGGGCAAUGAUGUUUUUGCUGCUCAUUUCCUGUUUGUGAAUAGGUUUAAUUCUCGUUAGUUGAGUAGGUGUUCCACUGCACAUUUUUCUCCAAGGUACUGAGUUACCAGUCAGUGUAUAAGAAUAAAUAUAAGAUUAUCAGGUCUUCUAGAGUGUUGUUUGCCAUGCACUUCACUGUAAUUAAGGUUAUUACUGCUUUGAGGCAACUGUCUAAUUUUUGUUUGUUCUGAUUGCAAAAGUGUUUGAAAUGGAUACUUAUAUUUGACAUUCCUUUGGGCUUUGCUUACAAUAAGAAAUAGAUGAUUGAAAAAAAGGUUACCAUUUCCAUUUAAUCUACUCUGCUAUAAGAAUUUCUAGUUGCCAAUCUGGUUUGCCUACAAGUAUCUUUGGUUGUAUAGUUAAACAAGAUACAUCCUCUGUUUUACUAAAGGCAGGUAUGGAUAAGCAGCCCUGAUCAGCGGGGUUUCCUAAGAAGAAGUGUCAGGAGUGGGCAAGCUACUGGCUAAACAACCAGUUUGCAAAUGGAAUUGGUUCAAGCAGUAGUUGCCCAUCUCAGAAGUUUCUUUCCAAGCAUGCUUCCCUGUCAGGCUGAUUUCUCCAGAAAUGCCUAAAGAUAUUCAGUUUUUUAUUUGAACAGUUAUUUUAUCUGCUAGAAAUUGCAAACUAAAGUAUGUGCUUAGAGCUUUAACCUCCAGUUUUGCUUACACACUCCUGUUAUGGAGUUCAAAAAGAUCAAGUAAGUUAUGUGGCCAUGCUGUUUCACUUGCUUAACAGUCAUAAGAAAGGAUUAAAGACCAUUCAUAACAUGCAAAUCCAGUUCUUUGCUGUACUUUUUUUUGAACAGUAGUAGACACUGAUAAAGAAUUCACUUGCAUCCAUGUAUGUAUGCAAUUCGUAGAGAGUAAAUUUGAAUGGGUGCUGUAAUCCCAGUCCACAUGAAUGAGCAAUGCCUUGUGAUGAACACAAUCAAGAAUUCUUUUUCAAUGACUCACUUUUUAGAUCAAUAAACAAAUAAAGAAAUUGCUUGUGCAAAAGCUGAAGUGCAAGCACGAAUGUAGUGCUACACUGCCAGACACAUGAUAUUUACUCCCUAAUCAUCAGUAACAUCAAGUAAUUAAUAAUAUUUGCUUUUACUGAAGCAGAAGUAAUUAGAAGAAAAAGGAUAGCAUUACUUGAUAUUAAUAUUCAUAAUCCUCCUUUAUUAGUGAGGAAGGGGGGAGAGGAGGGGAUCUAGUUUUGGAUGAUGGAAAACAGAACCUUCCAGACUUUGGUCAGACACUGAUUCAUGGACAUGGGCAACAGCAACUGUGUCUGCAGAUUUUCUCCUUUGACAGAGACUGACUAUUAGACGGUGCUCAUUCAUGUGGAUAGGCGUUAGGUACUGGCAUGCCACCUGGUUUACAGAUUGUCAGGCAAGUGCUCUAUGGUGAUAGUAACCCUAUUUACCUAUACCUUUCUGAGAGGAAUGUUCUUGUUCAAAUGAGAUUUUCUCUCUCUUUAUGUGUGCAUGCUAUAUCCUCUGGAUACACUUGAAAUAUUCAAAAUAUAAAAAAAAUGAAAUCAGUUAGCUUAAAACUUGCUUUUUAAUUGUCUUCAAAAAAAGAAAAAAAUACAAAAGUUAGAUGGUUGCCUUGAAUCUUCUGUUGUGCUUUAUUUAUAUUUUGUACAGGUGUUUAGCAGCUUGUUAUGGUAUUUUUAAUAUGUAUAUAAUAGAUAACCUUUUGAGUAUUGAGUUAAAUUACUUAAUAAUCUUGUGGUUAUAAUAGCAAUAUAAAAAAUCCCAGAACCUUUCCAAAAUUAUAUACCUUUUUUGGCAGAAAAGUAGCUGUAGGCCAGGCAGAUAUAAACAGUUGUAAUGUGCUUAAUAGAUAACAAACUUAGAGAAAAAUGUGUUUUCAAAACUUGUCACACAAUUCAAAUUAUUGUACCUUUCUCUUAUUUAGAAAACUGCAUUAGUAGUAAAGAGAUGCAGAAAAUAACAUGUAUGGGAGCAACACAACCAGGUGUAGGUGCACUCAAAGUAGUUACAACAAGUAUGGGUAUACUGCUGCAGUCUGUACGCUUUUGCCCGAGUGAAUAUUAAUGAACUUUGCUUUCAAUAAUAAGUAUUUAUGUGCUUGCCUAUUACAAAACUAUGAGAAGAAACAAGCGAUAUCUUUUUUUCUUGAUUGUUUGUAAAUAAUGCAUUUCUGUGUAUAGAUGAUCCAACUGGAAAGUAGGAUAAACACUGUGUUCAUUGUAUUUUGUGAGUGACUGGUUGCAGGAGAUAGAUAUAACUGUAAGAUUGCCUAAGUAUCAAGAGUAUUGAUUACUUUACAGGAAGUGUAUGUGAGUAAUCUAUGGAAUAUAUUUAUGGAUUUUUAAUUUUUGAUUAUAUAUUUUGAUAUAUUUUCCUUUUUUUGCUGGAAGCAUGAUCAAUGAUCUAAUGUUUUACCUGAGCAAACAGUAAUUAUCCUUCGUUUUCUUUCUAUAACUAAGGUUAAAUAUAUUAUUUAUAUGUAUUGUUUUGUUGUAUAUGUAUGGGUGGUUAUUAUUCUUUACAUAUUUUGAGUUCAGAUUUAGUUUGCAUAUUAAUAUUUUAUGAAAGGUUUCAUACUGUAAAGAUCAGUUUGUACCAGUGGGUUUUAAAGGAAAUAAAUUUAGUGUUUUUUUCAGAUGACAGGAAAUUCAUGGCUUCCUUUAGCUAAUAAAGUAAAGAGUGGCA